AUGAUUUUACUUUUUGCAAUUAUUACAGAAAUCAUAGCAGAUUUCAUUUACCCUGAUCGUGCUAAUCCAAUAGUACCUUACAGAAAUAAUGAAGAUGCUUAUACUUUUUACGAUAUUUUCUUAUCUGUGAGCACAAGAAUUUCUUCAAAUGGAAGAUUAUAAAUUACAUUCCCUUAGGAAUUUGAUGGAACAUAGUUGCGUCUUUUAUAAGAUGAUGUUAUGGCAGCUACGAAUAUUGAUAAGGAAUGCUACAUCGAAUACACAUUUUCAACUACAACGACAUGCAUACCUUAUGUGGAGCCAGCGGUGACUAUACCAGCAACAAACUACUAUACAAUUAGCAACAGAACAAUUACAAUAUUUUUCGGUUCAGAACCUCUUAAUGCUGGUAGCUAGAAAGUCAGAAUAAAAUAUAACAAAAAUCCAGUAGGAUUAGGAGGGAAAUCGAGCGGCUAUCUUCAAAUAAUAACUUUAAGGGAUACUGUUCCAGUGGACUAAAAUUUAAAUUUUGGUACAGUUGGCUUUGCACCAGUUUACAAGAAACAUACAAUAGCUUCUGAAGGUCAAAUAAUAAAUGAUGGUUCAAAAUUAGGAGGUUAUGUUACGAAUUACGUGAUUUAGUUUACUACAACAAUAGAUUUAAUUAAAGGAAGUUGGUUUAGGGCUGAAAUAGCUGAAGGAUUCGAUAUAUCUAAUGUUGAAUGCGUUUUAGUAGAUACUUUAUAAAAUCUAAAUUGUCAAGUAGAAGGAAGAAGAAUUUAUUUUAGUGCCAUAGAUGCAGCCUUGCCUAAAGGAUAACAUAAAGUGAAACUGAAGAAUGUUAUAAAUCCUUCUGCAUCAGGAGAUUCAGAUCCAUUCAUCUUCGAAACAUUAGAACCUUUAGUCAAUACAGUAAUUGAAUACUUCAACGUUGGUGUUACAAAUAUCACUCCUGGCUAGAUUAUUAAUCCAUCUAUUGCUGGCGCUCCUUUAAAUUAAAAUUUAAGAAUUGAUUACACAAUUAAAUUCACUCCACAAAACAAAAUUCCUUACACUGGAAGAAUCGAUUACAUCAUUCCUGAUGGUUUUACUUUGGAUCCAACUUGUAGAAUUAUAUCUGGAUUAUCUCAAAAUGGAACAACCCCAAUAUCAUGUGUAACUAGCGGCCAGAAAAUAACAAUAACAGAUUUUGCAUCGUUCUCACCUUAAGAAAUUACUCUUAAAAUUUACGCUGUCAAUCCUUCAAUUUCAAAAUUGUACUAAUACUGUCAAAUUUACACAUAUUCUACUUUCGGGAAAGUUCCAGUUGUAAGUGGGACAAGUAGUAAUUACAAAGGAAUCGAUCAAAAUGUUGAAGCUGGAUCUAUUCAGAUAUCCUAGAUUUAGAGUCCUUACUUUGUUGCAAUAGAUUUAUAUAAAUAAAUGCAAAAUAUUUCUUUGGAUAAGACCGGACCAUUGGAUUUCCGAUUAUACCCUAUGCCUAGCAAAUAAUUAAAAUUAACUACUUCACCAACAAGUUAUGGCAGUAUCUACUUUUAGAUCCCAUUAUGGUGGAGAAUGAGCGGAUAAUACUUCAAUGGUUGGAAUGUUGUUGGCAGCACACCUACUUGUAAUUUUGGAGCAGAAAUAGCAGCAACUUGCAAUUAUUACUUAUAAAGGUUCAGUUUUAAAACUGCAACAUCUACAAACUAUUUGAAAUAUGAUCCAAACUCAGGACUUGGUAAUUGCGAUUUACCAAUUUCAGUAGCUGUUUCUUAGAUCACUCCAAUCCCAGGAAGGUUUGAUUUCAGAGUGUUAACAUUUAAUGAUGGUGUAUAUAACACAUUUGAUUAAACACCAUUAGAAUAAGAUUUAUAUACAAUGGAAAUAGCAGCGGAUUAAUUUAUUGCACCAACCACUUACAUAAAAUGUACAUCCGUUGAUCAAGUGGAUGCUGAUAUGGUAUGCUAUUCAAAUGUGCUUGUAAUGUUACCAAUUCCAUAUGAAGGGGCAAUUAAUUUCAAUAUGAGCACAGUAAAUUCAACUUAUGAGUCAUCUGCUGCAUGGCCAAAUGAUCUUGGAUUCGGAUUAGGAAAUGAUGGGAAAAAGAGAAUACCAUGUUAUGUAAGUAUCAGAGCAAGUCAUCCUAAUAUUCAAUGCUGGGUUUUCUCAGGAGGAACUACUAGAAAAUACGCAAUUUUAUAAGUAAGAGGAUUCAGUUCAAAAGUAAACACAGGAACAAAUGUGUUUGUUGUAAUACCAAAUGUUAAAUCCUGUACAGCUUAUGAUAUGUAAUGUUUUGUUACAGUAUCAUCUGCUUGGACAACAGAAUUAGAUGAGCCUUAUAUGAUGAAUUACCUAAAAUAAUCAGUAGGAUUUAUUAAACAGGGAGAUGUUUAUAAGGAUGUAACUGUUAGUCCUCCAACAUUGGCAAAAGAUGUAUAAGAUCUAACACUUUCAGCAACAUUUUUAUCAACAAGAAAAUAAAUUUGCGAAUUAACAACAUGGACAUUGUAAUUUUAGCAUACAGAAGUGAUAACAGCAUGCAAUACAGGUACUACUAACUAUCCUUAUUGCGCAAAUUAAACCCCAGAUCACAUAUUAAUUAAGUUUACAGAUAAAACUAGAUUUCCCAAUUAGUUUGGAGUCACAGCCACUAGUCCUCAAGGUACUGUUUAUUUAAUUGAUCACUUUCUCACAGGAGAGUAUUAUUAUUUCAUCAUAGUUAAUUCUGGAAACGUAGCAGCAAAUGGUCCAGUGUAAUUGUCAAACAUAUAUAAUCCCAUAAUUUAUACUCCUGGAAUUGAUAUAAAAUUGAUAUACUGGAAUCAAAACAGAAAAAUGAAGAGAAUCACUUUCCCAACAUCAAACAUAUUUAUUGAUGGUGGCAUAUUGGGUCCACCUCAAUUUGACAUUUUACCAAAAACAGCUGUGGGAAUGAAUGCCGAUAGAUCUUAGGUUGUAGAUAUGGAUUUUGAUUCUUGGAUCAUUUUCAGAGCAACAUUUACCACAUGCCACAAAAUUCCAGCAAAUGGUCUUGUUGAAUUAGAAGUAUAGAAUGGAUUGGUAGAUUAUACAACGACAUGCGAAGUCUGGUCAGGAGUUACAAGUCCACCUAAAAGAUUAGGACACACUCAUGAAUGUAAUUUAGUGGAUGUAAGUGGAACAAAAUAUUAUCAAUUAACAAAAUUUAAUGAGAUUCCAGUCCUAACUAAAUUUACUUUAUCAUUCAGAGGUAAAACUGGAUUGGCUUCUACUACUGCUAAUCCUAUUCGAAUAUAAACCUAUUUUGAUGCCACUGUUCCAACAUCAACUGCUUCAAAUGUAGACAAUUUUUAUAAUACUGCCUAUCCACCUAACCCUGUAUUAAAUGGAAUCGAUAUCACUGGUCCUAAGCGUUUUCCACCAAAAUUAGAAUGGAUGGACUUCAUAAUUAUUAAUGAUAAGGCAAGAGAAGGAACAAGGGGGGAGUUCUAUAUGCAUGUAAAAACAAAUCAUAAUAUUCCUGAUUACACAACUAAUACAGCUCCUCGAUUAGUAUUUACCUUCAAUACUACUGCUGUUUCAAUGCCAUAAGGAGCUUAUCCUCAUUGCAGAUUGGAUGGUCAUUUAGCUAGAUUUUGCGAUUGGGCAGGUGGUGUUAUAACAAUGGCUAUGCCUUUAACAUAGGGAAUGAUAGCCAAUCAAGAACACUUAGUUAUGAUUAGUACAAGAGGAGCAGAUUAUUCAUCAACUUAUUAAGAAGGAUUACAUCACAACAAAGCUGGAACAUACAAAUUAAAAAUUGAAACUGUUAAUACAGGAACAAAUUAAUUUAUUAGAAAGGUAAUGACAAUAGAUCCUCCUAAAUUCAGAGUAUUUUGGGUUUGGUCUGCAAACAAAGUUGGUUAUGAUCCUGUUACUCCCUCUGCAACACUUUAGGGAAUGUCAGUGUUUAGACUAUAUUUUACAAAUACUAUAACAAUUCCACCUUCAGAUAAUCCUGAUCCAAUUUCAAUUAUAGUUCUCUUCCAUAGAACCAUUUGGCCAACUUUCACAAAUGGAUUUGAAUAAGAUUUAGGAACUGGACUGCCUCACAGAACAUAAUUACCUUGCAUUUAAGAUGGUUUCACUUUAUUACCUGGCGCUACUUAACUAAAAUGUCGACUGUUUUAUGGUAGUUAUCCAAAUCCUACCAAAGUAAUUAUCACUGAUUUUGAUCAAAUCAAUGUAAAUACAAAUGGAGAGAUACAUUUGCCAAACAUUUUCAAUCCUAAUUCAACUUAUGAAUUAACUAAGAUUACACUUCAAGUCUAAAAAACUGAUGCUAUUACGGGUACAAGUGAACUCAUAUUAUCAUCUGAUUAUGAUUUAAUUAAUGGAACCUUUGGAAGGACUAAAGAAUAGCCUGGUUUCAAUAAAUUGGCAGUUGACAUACCAGCAUUGGUCUAAGAUGAUUUAUAAAAUGUGUGGGCAGCAGCAGUUAAUCCUACAUUCUCUGUUGCUACAAUUGAUACAGUCGCAACACUAUCAUUGUAAUAUGGAAGCAAAGAUUACAACAUGGGUGGAGGAGCAGAUAUGAUUUUGUUUGAAAUACCUCCAAAUUGGGAUUUACCUUAUGGCCUAAUUACAUGUUCCUUCCCGGCUGGUAAUAUCUGUUAUUCUUAUCCAUUGGGUCCAUACAUAGGGUUGUACCCAGAUAGUGGAAUCACAGCAGACUCUUUAUAAUCUGGUUCCGUGACAAUUAAAACACCACCCUUCAAGGUACUUGUAGCAACAUCUGAUCCACCAAUCAAGAUUUAUGUCUUCACUCGAUCUAAAUUAGUAUAUGUUUACAAGAUUGAUUUUACAUAAGUUUUAAAUGCAGUUGCAGUCACUCCAGCUGUUACUUGCACUUUGUGUUUCUAUGAAGCAAUAACAGAUUACACUAUUACAGUCACAAACCCAAAAAACAUACCUACAACUGGAGCAAUAACAAUCAAAAUACCGACAGGACUUACGAUAAGAGAAAAUGGAUGUAGAAAUGAUGUUGCAAGUGGAUCAGUAUUAUCUAAAGUGGGAUUCGAAUGUGCAUACGAUGGAGCCAAUAGUCAACUUCUAAUUACUGGGUUCAACAAAUUCAUUGGUCCUGGAAAAAUAAUAAUAAAAGUCAGAAUGGAAAAUCCUGAUAACACAGUGACGAUUACUGAACACUGGGACUUUAAGACUUGGUAUUUGAAUGAAAGUCCACUAAAUAAAUUGAUUACAUAUGGAGAUACUGCAACACCUGCUUUGACUGCAUAAACUAAUAUUGAAUAUUGGGAUACACCUUAUAGAAGCAGAGUAAGAGGAAGAACUACUUUGUAUGGAAGCAUAGAAUUCAGAAUCAAUUUAUAGAAUGAUCUCGCAGCAGGUGAUAUACUGUUUAUCAAAUUUCCAAUUCUUUUCAAUAAGGUUAGAUGUUCUUAAUAUCUUUGUUUAUGGGAUGAUUCACCAUGGUUUGAUAAUCAUAAUGAUAACUUCUUGCCUGCUGAGAAAUGUUUGUAUGACAAAAGUACGAGAAUCUUAUCAAUGUACACACCUUUGAGUACAAAAAUCAAAAAGGAUACUUUAUAUAGAGUCAUAAUUGAUACUUAGAAUUCAGCUGAUGGAAGUAGAGGGUUCUAAUUGCCAGCUAUGAAUACUUAUACUUUUGAUAUUUAUACAACUCUUGAAUUAAAACAUAGUGAUAUCUUUGUUCCAUAAAAGUAGGCAUUUAAGUAUUUUGAAUGUGUCUCCUUGAUCACUAAUGUGAAAUCGAAGAAUAUGAUGGUUGUGUAGAUUCAAUCCUGGACUUUUGGAGGAGGUUACUUAAAAUUAUCAUUUCCAACUCUCUCUGAGGAAUCAGAAUUUCUGUAUUAGGAUGAUUUAGGGACUGGUAAAAAGGAUGGCGAUUCAAUUUAAUGCUAUGCCAGAAAUGGGUUUCCUCCCUCCACAGUUUUGGAUUGCAAAUUAUAUCUAGGCAAUAGGGUCUAUGGAUAACCAGCAUACAUUUUAAUACAAGGGUGGAUUGGCUCAUUGAAUGUUGAUCCAUCAUUUACAACAGGAUACCAAGAACUCUUUUCCAGAGUUAUUAGUCCUCCAUUCACAGGAACUGAUAAAUAUUAUGAAUUCGAUAUCGAUCAAUUCUAUACUCCUGAUGUUAUUGGGGAUGACAAACACAUUGAAAUGAAACUAGAAUCCUACAAUGGCGCUAGCAAUUUAUUACUUGACUAGAGCUUUUCCUAUGAUAUGACAUUAAAGCAUUACACUAUUACUACUGGAACUCUACCAAAACCAACAAAGUCCUCUGAUACCUUAUUUGAUCAAUCAGUCACCUUUGAUUUGAAAAUGCAAUCCGCAAUUCAACUAAAAAAUACUGAAGAAUAUGAUUUCUUUAUCUUUGAAUAUACUUAACCAUACUUCGAUCCAUAACCUUAAAAUCUUCAAUGUGAAUCAGGUUCUGUGUAUGUUUGUAGAGUAUCUUAAGGCAAUAAUUGGAUCGUUGUUAAACCCUUGAGCACUAUUUAAGCCUAAGCUAAUUUGAAGUUUAAAAAUAGUAACAAUCCCAUAUAGGUUCCUACAACAGGAAUUGUGUGCACAGCUUAUGCUGUUAAGGAUAGAAUUAUAACUACAAUUUAUACUUAUGCUGCUAUUAAUGAUUAUCUAUUACCUACUUUGGCUGCUACUGCAUAUAAUACUAUUGUCACUCCCAUUGACUAUGCUGACAACACUACGAUACCAAAAAGCACUGAAAUCAGAGUACGAGUAGAAAUCACCAUUCCCACAUAAUCAAUUACACUACCAUAUGGUUCAAUUAUCGACAUCUUUUUGCCCUCUGGUUUCACUGCAUAUGAUUACUCCUUAAGUACUUCUGAUACUAAUGCAAAGUUUGUUACUGCUGACAAUCUUUAGACCAGUGUAAUUGCAUCAUCCACCAUUACUGGAUUUACUGGAAGACCUCAACUUACAAUAACUGGUUGGGAACCUAUAAAAGUGGGAGAAAAAAUAAUAUUUGAAACAUAUUGCAAAACUUCCUCAUCUGCUUUGAGUCCAGCACUUUGGAAUUUCAAAGCUUGGAAGGAUACAGGUAGAACUAUUGAAUUAUGGACAUCUGCUGCUUCUGCUUUCAACGUGUAAUCUUAUGCAUCAUUUAAAACACUUGAUUGGAAAACAAAAGAUCCAACAGUUGCAAGAAAAAAUUAAAUAUCUCCUUUUACUUUUCAUUUAUCUUUUAAAACAACUCCAACUGCUAAUACUAAAAUUACUGUAAGUUUUCCAGCCUUAGCUUUAGUUUCUGUUCCAGCAGGUGCUGUUUUAUAUUGUACGAUAGAAGGAGCAACAGGACUUGUUCAUAAAUUUUCAUAUUGUUAUGGAACUAAUUCUCUUGAUGUUAUCAUGUUGAUGCCAGUCUCACCUGUAACUUUUGCUGCAAGCAUUUAAUACAAAGUUACAAUAAGUUCAAGGGGUAAUAGUAUUAAUCAUGGGUUAAUGUUUGGAGCUAGUGGAGUAUUUACAGCAACUUUAACCUAAGAUAAUGGUGACACUGGAAAUUUAAGAUUUGAAAUACUACCAACAGAGUCAUUUACAUAUACAUAAUUGAGAAUAGUAAAUUCAGGAAUAAAAACUACUGGUUAUACAGAAACUGCUCUAUUAUUCUCCUUUAAAAAUUCAGUGCUAAUUCCGAAAUCAGGUAAGAUUGUAAUAGCAUUCCCUAAUUAUGCAAUCGAUGGUACUACUAAGUUGUUCUAAGAAAAUCUUUAAUAAUCAGCAGUUUAUAACAGUGGUGAUCUGUAUCCAGGAUGUUAUUCAAUAAAUUCAGACCUAUAAAACAAUGGUUUGAAUUGCAGAAUCUUUAAGAAUUCUGGUGAAUUUUUCCAAACAUUGAUUGUAAUUUAAUCAUUUACUAGUGAUAUAAGCGGGAAACCCUUAUAAAUAGUAAUUGAAUAAGUAACUUUGCCAACUUCUGCAGCUUCAGCAGAUGUCUUUUUAUACACUGCUGAUGUAAACAAUAAUAAAUUAGAGGCAUACUAUUUUGAAGAUGCUGUAAUUCCUUUAGUGCUUGAUCCUUCUACAAUGACAACAACAAUAACACCAACCAGUGCAACGGUUUAGGGAACAACAUUAAUUACAUUUAGCGGUGUAAACUUUGGAGGAACUGCUUUUGAUGGAUAUUCUUACGUAGCCUAUAGAUUCCCAGUUGGUUAUUACGACAUAUCGAGUGCAACUGUUACAACAGGAGGAACAUGUGCAACCACAAGUGUCUUGGAAAUCUAUGCACAUUGGAUUAUACAGAGAUUCACUGGUCUUACUGCUUGCACUUUAAAUCAAAAUAUUGUAUUGGCUAAUAUCAAUUAAGUGUAUAGCGCAGUCACAACUUAUACAAAUUUGGCAUUUUAAGUUUAUGCAUGUUUAACAAGGGUGUGUGGUUCCUAUAGCCCUGCAUCUAAUCCCACUCUCCCAUAUACGGCUGCUUCAGCAGGAUCCUUGUAUGUAGCUGAUGCAACAGCAGCGAGAUACUUCCCAUAUUCAUUUUAUAAAUUUGAACUUGUUUACACUUGUGGUCACAAUAUUCCAAUGGGGGGACAACUGAUUUUAGAUACAGAUCCAACAAGGUUUUAGGUAUAGAGAAUAGAAUUAAAAUCAGGAGGAAUAACAUCAGUCACCUACACAAAUGCAGCAGGAUCGAUAACCACUUUCACCUUAUUAUCUUCAUACUUAAAAGCCUAAACAACUAUUAAGUUCGAUGUUUAUGGGUAUUUGCCCUCUACUAUUGGAGCAUCAGGUGUUGUCACAUUUACAUUCUCCUUGAAAAAUAGAUAUAAUGGUUAUGAAAUAUCUCCAGAUACCCUUAAGCCAUCUUGGGAUGUGAAGACACCAGUGUCUAUCAUAUCAUCAUAAAAUUUCGCUUCAGUUACAUCUUCAUAAUCAAUAUUGUCAAUAAUAUUGAAACCAGGAGUUAAAAAUGUGGAUAAUGAUUUACAUUUCUAACUUCCCUCUAUUUCCACGAUGGAUACAACCAAUUUUAAACUUUACGUAUUUAUUGAAGGGAUGAUAAGUGGUUCUGGUUCAUGUUCAAUAUCAAUUGCAGAAGGUUCAUCUGCAGGAACUCCUUUAUGCAAUGUAGCAGGUACAGAUAAAUUGGAAAUUACAGGCAUUGACCCAAGCACAAUUUAACAAGAAUUCUAUCUUUUAGUCUAGACAGUUAAAAUUACCACUUAUGGUUUACUCCCUGUCACUAUUUAAUUAAUAGACAACAAUGGGGUAGUCAAAAAUAUAUUUACUGGUUCAGUGAUAGUCUAUGAACAAUAAAUGGAAUCCUUCGGAGCUAAUUUUAAGCACACAACUAAUGGAGGAGGUAGCAAUAUUUUAGAGAUUAGUUUUGAUCCACCAGCCAUAACCAAUUUUAAUGGUUUUGAUGGAGAAUUGUUUUUGGAUCUAUUAGGUUCUUUUGUUUCUUUGCCAACUACAAUUAUAAAAGAAUAAUGUGAUUAUGCUUCGGCUUAGAAUUCAGAUUGUGAAUUUGUGCCUGCUUUUAGAUUGAACUCAAUUGGUUCAGCUACUGCUCACAGAGAUCCGUUCAAUAACAGAAUCAUCAUUAGCAAAUUCGAAUAACAAAGUACUAGUAUCAACAGCAUUAAAAUAUGGUUUUAAUAUUAAUACUCUGCACCAACUUAUUGGAUCAUGACCAAAAUGUUUUAGUUCGGUUUUUAUAUUAAAGGAUAGGGUAACAAUUAGAUCUAUAAGUUUGGAGAAAGUUUCAUAAUUAAAUUAAGUGAAUUGAAUCCUUCAGCUCCAUUAAGUAAUAGUGGAUCAUUGAAUCAUAUUGGAUCUGCUUAAUCUAUUGGCACAAUAACAUCCUCUACAAUAUACACUUAGCAAAGUAUUAAUUCAUUCGCUGAUGACGAUUAUUUUGCCAUUAAACUUAUUGGCGGCUAUUCAGUGAAAUAUGGUACAUAUAAUCAAAUGAAAAUGCUCUCCUCCACAGCUACAAUCUCGUCAUCAUCAACAACUACAACUUUAGAUAAUACUUAUACUAAUUAAAGAAUGGGCUAUUUUGAAGGAAAGAUGGCCAAUGGAUAAUCAGAUAUUGCAUUUACAUUGAGUAAUAUAGAAUUGCCAUAUUAUCCUACUUCUUCACUUACUGAUAUUGCAGCCAUUGUGCUCAUCUUAGAUAAAACAGAUAGAUCUAUUAAAGAGAAAAUCAUAUUGACUCGAUCUACAAGUGCUAGCAGUCUAAGUUUUGCAACUUGCUCUGCCCAACAAAUAGAUUCCACCUCUUUCGAGUUUUCGUUCACACUUCCCUCUAACUUCAAGACUUUCAACCAUAAUGGGUGUGUGUCUACUUCAACAUGUUAUUAAUAUAUUGAAAUUACAACUACAAAUUCUGCAUAUAAUGACAUUUGGUCAUAUGAAGUGACCUGUGGUUCAGGAUCCUCGUUGAUUAACUAAUAUAUUCCAUACAGUGGGUAUCCACCUAAGUUCUCAUAAAUUACCUCUAAUCCAUAUGGGAUGAGACUGUCAGAAUAUCUCGAAAUGAACAGUAAUAGUCAAAUCUGUAUCAAAUACAAAAAGAAGACUGCCGCUGCAGCUGGAUCCGUUUAAUUCACUAUUACAAUCUAUGAGAACCAGUCUACACCAAUAGCAAUAGCCUCUUGCACAGCAGCUUCAAUAACAGCUUCAAAUACAGCAUCAGGACAUCAAUUAUCAGGAGUGGUUAAAUAACCAUUUGGAUUGCAAUUAUUUUAUGAUAAUUUCAAAGCAAUAGUUAAGGGUGUAGAAAGAUAGUUAACGAUUGAGUUCUCAUUGCUUGCUGAUCUAUCAUCAAGUGGUACCUUUACUAUCGAGUCCGCGAAUUUAGGGCUGGGUAACUUUGAUGUAACUAAUAGAUUGAAAUGCAUGUUUAAAGAGAAGGCUACUUAAUUAGCCAAACAUGUCCCUUCUUUAUGUACUGUAGAUACCACAAAUAAAAAAAUUACUAUUACUUACAGCGUAGCAACAGUCACUACAUUGAAUCCAAAAUUAGUUAAGGAUAAGGUCUAUGAAUUGAUAAUCAAAUAUGAUCAAAACCUUAUCAAAUUCUUAUCAGAACCUGCAUUAUAAGGACAAUACCAACUGAAAUUUAAAUUCUUUGCAGGAGCAACACUCACUUAUUCUCAAGUAUUGCCAUUUACUAUCUAUAACAAUCAAGUUUCUGAUCUAGUCACUCAAAGCUAUGUUGAUCACAUUUCUGAGUCAACUAACUUCUACGUCAAAUACAAGACCACUUAAUCCUUGGCUUCUUCUGAUUAUAUUGAUGUCUUAAUUCCCAUCAGAGAUGUUCAAAGUGAUGGAUCACUCAAAAUCUUGAAUACAAAUAAUCUCAAUACUGGCAUACUAAAUGGAUAGAGAAUUGGAUGUUUGGAUAAGGUUGGCAACUUGGGUCUCUAUUUUAAAUGUUAUUUGUACUAUGGAAUAGUUGAUUUCUAAAAACCACAUUCAUUCGUUAGAUUGACCAACUUUACAGGCUUGGGUAGUGGAGCUACAGUACAAUUUGUGAUCCAAAAUCUUAAGAAUCCUUCAACAACUGAUUUAAUCAUGGAUUACGAAAUUAGAAUAUCUGGAGCUGACUCUUAUGAAUACACCUAUGCUUAUGCUGCUGCUUAUACCUUACCAGCAUCCUCAGCCACCUCAUCCACUACUGGUACUUUAACCAUCACACCUUUACCAUGCUUCUCCCAAAUCAAUUACUAAUAUUAGGUUAGUCUCACAAAGGAUGUGGAUCCCAAUUAUGAAUCAAUAGUCAAAAUUUCUUAUGAUCCUCUUAUAUGGGGAGAAGAUUACACUAUAUUUGCAGCUACUAUUGGUGGCACUGCUUCUAGAAUUGACCCAUUAGAUUCGCAAAAUGUAUUCAUAGUAUUCCCAACAGGCUAUUCUACAGGAACUUCAAUCACUAUGGCAAUAACCAAUGGUCUCAUUUAACCAAGCUAUGUUCUUACUAAAUCUCAUGCAGUUACUGCAUCUUUCAUCAAUUACCAAACCAAAACUAUUGUUUAGGUUGCAACUACUACAACCUCAGUGACAACCACAUAAUCUAACAUUGCUAAUUAUGGUACUGUGAGUAGUAACUCAGAUUUAAUGAAAGACUUUUUGUCAGUCAUGCUGAUUCCUAUGACUCUGUUGGGUCCAGUAAAGACCAAUUACUAAUUUAGAAUCAUAUUCCCUACUGAUUAUACUUUGAGUGGUGGAUAUUGCAAAAUUUUCGAUGAUCUUACAAAUCUAGAAUAUUCGACUACUUGUACAGAUAUAGAUGCAUAAACUAAGAAGAUAAUAUUCAAUACUCCAAUCAAGGCUACUAAAGCAAUCACAGCAAAAAUCUAGGUUUAAACUCCUACAACACCUGGUAGCAAAAGCAUCACAGUGAAGUUUUUUGCAGAUAAUUUGGAUACCUCUACUUUACUAAUUUAAUCAAACACUUUGACAGCUUAGACUAUAAUAAACUUUACUAAAAUGAGAUUAGCUAUGCCUUACAUUAAAGCACCUUAAAUAUUAUUGUAAGAUAGCGAAAUAGGACCAAUCACUUUAACUGUUAAAUUGACUAGUGCAAUAACAAAGUAGACAGACACUGUGGUAAUAGAUACCAACAAUUUCAUGACUGUCACAAUCAAACAGCCUAUUAAUACCAAAAGAUUACAAUUUGCUUGCUUUUGGAAUAAUUUAGCUGCCAUGAAUUGUAGAAAUGGAGAUACUUCAGCCAACUAUGAUAAAAUAACAAUGUAUGCACCCUCAGAUACAGGUUUUGCAUCAGGUGAUAUAGUAACAAUUAAAAUUAUGGUAUGGAGACAUUAAGAAAUUGGAUAAACAGAUUUCACUUAUUAAUGGCAUGACGAUACUGACGAUUCAGUUCCUAUUGCUAAUAUUAAGGAUAAGAAAAUCACAAUAGGCACAACGGAUUACCAAAAAUACGUUACUUAUUAGAAUUAUCGAUUUGAUGAAACAACAGUACCUACAUACUAGACUAAUGUUGCUGUACAUUAAGGAACAAUAGAUACUCAAACAGACCUUACAGUUAGCUUUAGAUUAAGAAGAACAUUAUCCUCCAAUUUAAAUACCAAUUGGGGUUAGAUUAUUCUAAAGUUGCCAACCAUGGAUGAUGACAACUUAUAAUCAUAGUUCCCUAAUGGUUUAGGUAGAUUUACCAAGAAUGCUUAAGAGAUUGAUUGUUUUUGCAGCACUUGUCCUCAAAUUAGUAAUAUUGAUCCAUUGGAACCAUUUUUCAAAUGUUAUGUGUACCAAGGAUCUAGUCACAGAGUAGCACCAGUAGAAAUAUGGUUGAAUCCAUAAUAAGACAUGGUAGCAUAAUAAAUAGUUGAAAUUUCCUUCCCGAAAAUAAAAUUACCAUCAACUUCAUACACAUAUGGCAAAAUAUCAAUGUUGGCUUAUGAAUUCUAAGCAAGUACUAAAUCAACUAGAAAUCAUUCUGAAAUUGUUCACUUUUACACAUUCCAUACAAUUCCUGAUGCUUUUACUACUUACACUGCCAUAACACCCCCAACAUUCACAGUAAAUAUGGUUGGAGCAAUGUCAGGAGUAACAGCCACAGUCAAUAAUCCUUAUGAUGACCUGUUAGAUUAUUGCCAUGACAGAUGGGUAUUGAGUACAGACGAUGUUGAAACUAUUUUUGAGCACCCUUAUAAUCCAGAAACCGGUACUCUAUAUUCAAAUGGUGGAUUAUACCCAUACAAUUACAUAGAAUACACUACUGCAACCAAUCAUAUUGUAAUUAUUUAUAAACUUGCAAAAUGGAUUACCUUUGUUCCUAAGGUUGUGCUAACUAAGUCAGCUACAUAAACUUUGACUAUUCAGAAAUUCAAAAAUAUGCCAUACAAGAUACCCACUGGAGUCAAUUAUAAAAUGACUUUAUUCAUAGAGAUCGGAGUUCGAUCUUAUACUGAAUACAGUGUAUUCACAACUGCAACAUAAUACAGACUGGCUUAUUAGACAUCUACAACAGUUAAAUAAAUGUCUAUUGAUCCUAUUCCUGCUCCAGCUGAAACUGCAGCUCCUUAAACUUAUGAAUUGAAGUUCUUGCCUUAUAAUAAAAUUCCUAAGAAUGGUAAAAUAGUCUUUACAUUCCCUCCAUUACCAAGUUAUGAUUGGGUGUUCACUGAUCAAUAUUGCACAGUAUCCUAAAAUUUAUAAGACAGUGGAUGUGAUAUUAUUCCAGCUAGCAGAAUCAUCAUAAUUAAGGAUUGGUUGAAUGAUUACGAUCCUAAUAUUGAUGGGUAUUUAAGUGUUAAAUUUGAUAUUGUGAAUCCAACAAACGUGUAAACUUAAGUUCCAUUUAUUUGGAGGACAUAUUGGGAUCAGAACUAGAAUACUUGGUUGAUUGAUGAAGAAACCUUCUUUGAGAAUACUCCACUUACUUAAAUUAUCUAAGGAGGUAAUUUAAUUGUUACUCUUUGGGACAGAUAUUAACAUCCUUAUAUCAUUUGUGGAGGUAGAAAGGGACCAAUUAGAUUGAGAUUUAUUUUGAGAGAUUAAAAUUUGGUGUAUCCAAAUGAUUAUAUUGAAUUAUGGAUGCAAAAUACAUUUUGGCCAGUUUCAACUCAAAAAUACAUUGUCUGUUAUUUCAAUGACCCGAAUGACUUCUAAUUAGUCAAUAUCAAAUCUCAUCGAUGUGAUUGGACUGCUGGAGUUAAUGGUGGCACCUUACAAAUUUAUAUUCCUGAAGAAAUAGAUAUACAUGUAGGAGAUGAAUGGGAAUUAGUAAUUACAACAUUCGGUUAAUUUGGUGGCGAUGGAUGGGUUGUUAGAUCCCCAUCGGAUUUAAAUUGGAUCACAUUCUUUGCUAUGUAGAAUGGUGUAAAUACAAAUGACAAGGGUUGGUUUGAAGCCUAGAUUCCAGGAUGCCCAUUUGAUAGCUUUGGAUUUGAUUGUUAAAGUGUUGGUUGGGAAGCAAGUACAGUUGGUGGUGAUCCAACUUGGACUAUUCUCAAUUUUACUGCUCAAACUGAAACCAAUGCAAUUCCUGCUGGUGAUCCAAGUUUACUUACCUAUUCUAGAUUAGUUUUUGAGUUUAUAACACAUAAUGAAUUAGAAGAGUCUUGGCCAAUGGAUUUGACUAAUAGAAUGGCAGCAACUGAUGACAGAGCACAAGUAGCUUGUAAUGGUAUGUACAAGACCACUGGUGCAAAUAGACCAUUGCAACCUAAAGGUAAUACCUAUAUUGAAUGUUACAAUAUCAAAGGCCAAGAUAAAGUGUGGAAUAACACUCCAUCUUAUAUAGUUGGAAGUUAUUUUGAUGCUAUUGCAGCAGCAGAGAGGUUCCAUUUCCAAAUUGCUGAUUUUCGUAAUGGUUAUGUCCAAGGAGCCUUCCAACAUGUGAAAAUCUCAGUAGAAGUCAUUUAAGAGGAUGGUACAUUCUAUCCGCAGAACGAACACUAUUGUUGGCAUCUCCCUCCAUCACUUUAUGCUCCUCCAAGUCCCUCAGCAGCAUCCACUUCAACUUGGGGUAUUUCAAGAUCAUAGGUGGCUCUAUCCCAAUAGCAAUCUUAUUUUGGUGAUAACAAUGUGUAAUGGUUUGAUACAAUUGUCUAUGAUUUCAAUUAUCCUUAUACUUUGCCUAUGAAAGGGUAUUGUUUACAAAGAAGAUACAAUGCCAACUUUUCAGAUGGCUACUUGUCUCCAUGUACUCCUUAACACUAUAAUCAUUGGUGGGUUAUGAGUGCUGCCAUUUAGGAUCCUACUAUUAAAUGGUAGUAAAGGGAAUCUGGUAAUUUUAUAAAUCCUCCCUUUGUUUAUAAAUAGAAUAAUCCUACUAACGAUCCAACAAUUAGCAAUAACAUUGCAUAAGCAUCGCCUUUAAGAAUCUACAUAUGGAGAAAUAAUAGGUUGAUUAGCAAUCAGACAUAUCAACUCAAUGGAGGGAAGAUAUCUCCUACUACUGGGCAAUUAUAUAUUGUUUCUUAAACAACUACAAAUGACAAUGCUUAAAACACUAUGGUAAGACAUCAUAUGGGAAUUCAUUUCCAAACCACUACUUCGGCUAUGAAACACAUCAGACUUUGGGCACCAAAUGACUAUUAAAAUAUAUAAGACUGUAAAGUUAAUAGAGGAUUAGUAAGUCGAGAUCCUGCUGAUCUAGAUAAUAAAAUUACUUGUGUCAUUACAAAAUUGCCAGCUCCCAUUGACAAGUGGCUUAUAGAAAUUGAUAAUUUCUAGACUUAUUAAGGACAUGGGGAAGAUUAAUGGAUGAUAAUUGAUUUUAACUUAACCAAUCCAAAUUCUGAGAAAUGGACUGGCAGUUGGUAUGGUAAAACUUAUGAGAGUUCAACCAAUUUAUCAUAUGUAAUAGAUGAAUCCAAAGGCACAGAUGGAUAAACUUGGGUUGGAGGAAAUACUGUCAAAUAACCAAAUCUUUUUAGAGUUUGGAGAAAUACCAUCUCAUAUGAGAAUAGAAGAGCUUAAACAGAUGAUUAUGCUGAAGUUCAUAUGAGAGUGUUACCUAGAACAAGUCAUCCAGCUACAACAGAUAAUUCAAAUACACAAGUACAAAUCUGGUUACCACUUGCUUAUGAUCUAGCAAAUGGUGGAGAUGCACUUUGUCAAAUUAGUAAUGAAUAUCAUUCAGAUUUGGAUUCUGUUAAUUGCAAAAUCACCUCAGACAGAAAGAUUACUUUGAGUACCGAUAACACUUAUGGAUUAAAGCCAGAAUGUUCAAUGGUUACUGUAACAACAAAGAAUGCAAUUGGUGGCAAUGGCAUUAAGUUACCAUCCACACCUUAAGAUGACACAUUCUAAGUGUUUAUUGAUUCAACAGAUUCUGGUGGUAAUGUGUAAAGAGAAUACAAUUACAAUUAAGCAUAUGCGGUCCCUGAUCCAAUUACAUCAGCUACUGAUCCUACAUUCUCUAUCAAAUCAACAAUUAGAGAAGCCAAUCAAUAUACUGUUAUUAAAGCAACGUUCACAGCUCCACUUGAUAUUCCAGCAGGUUAUGAUACUUCGUCUUCAGGUCAGGAUCCUUUAAGUGCUCCUCCUAUUGGAACAUUAAGAUAUAAAUUUAAUACCAAAGAUUUUGUCAAUAGUGGAUAUCCAGGAUUCCCAUUAAAUCUAGGUUAAUCAAGUACAGAUGUCCUAUGUCAAGGUUUCGGAAACUUGAAAGGUACAUUGUAAUGUACAUUAAUUGCUUCAAGCUAAUAAUCUCCUGAUUAUCCAGCAAUCAUAGAAGUUAGAGGUUUUGAUUAUAUCAGUUAAGGUGAUUUAAUAGAAGUUCACUUUUUGAAUAUUAAGAAUGGGUAAUUUUAUUAGAAUAAAGGAAAUGUCACUCUAUCAGCUUAUAAAAAGAAGGGUGAUGGCACAAAGGUGGAACUGAUUUAAGAUUCAACUGACUUUGUACCUGUUUAUGAUCCUAAUUGUUAUGGCAAUCUCUGUUAUACAGUUUUUACCACAUGUCCAACAAGUGCUGAAAUUUUAAUGGACCCUAAUGUAGUUGGAGCCUACAUGCAAGUGAUUAUCAAUCCAAUAUCCAUCAAUUGCACAACUCCAGCCACUCCAUAUUAACCACUUUAGGCAGGAGACUAAGUUGUUUUGACAUUCCCACCAGAAUUUGAAUUCCCAUCAGAAUCAAAUGGUGCUAUAUCUGCGUUAUGGAACUAGAUUUAGAUGUCCACCAUCGUAUAUCCAUUAACAAGAGAAAUCUAUUUCACAUUCCCAACAGGUGCCUCUGUUACUGGUUGCACUAAUACGCUAAAGAUAUCUUAAUUACGAGGUCCUGCUUAUGAAUUCUCAACUCCAUAUAAUAUUAGAAUGAGGAUUGUAAAAUCUCAAUACAGAAGAGUGGAUUGCAUUAUAAGUGGAAUCACUCCACCAAAUGUAGCAACUCCAAGCACAUAAUCAAUGCUAUUAAGUAGUUAUUUUGCAGGUGAUAUCUUUGUUGAUUACGAUUUCAAAUUUUCUCCAAGUUACAAGAUUCCUGCUGGAGGUUCAAUUGAUAUUACAUUCCCCAAUCGUGGUUUAUUGAAUUACAAUCAUGUCACAUCUAGUACUCCUCCAGCUGUAUGUAGUUUGUUAAAUUCAGUUUACAUUACUAGUUGUGUAUUGACUACAACUGGAAUUAAGGUAACUGUAGCAAAAGACAUUCCAGCACAGCAAGAGUUGGAAAUUAAACUAAGUGGAGUUAAAAAUUCUGAUUAUGCUGGAUAAACAUUAGCCUCUGAUUAUGUUUUGACAAUGUAUCAUCCAAAUGGAGAGAAAGUAAAUGAAAUUGGAUUUUCACCAUUUUAAUUCUAUGCUAAGAAAAAUGUAGGUGUCAUUUACAUGAAACUGUCAAAUACCAAUAACUUUUAAUCUGUAACAGCAUCAUACACUUUUGUUAUUCAAAAUUCAUAUAGAGUCCCAGCAUCUGGAGAAAUAGUAUUGAAGAUGCCUAAAGAAUGGGCAUCAGUUGUAACCAAUUCAAUCACUCUAGCUAAAUUAGGGGCUUCUUGGACAAGUGAUGCUUUGUCUUAUACCUACUCUAUCGAUUCUGCUUCGGACAUCAAUAAUUAUUUGUUGAGAAUCAAGAAUCAAUUCACUUGGCCUCAAGGAGGAUCUUUGACACUCUUAAUGUUGAAACUGAAAAAUCCUUCUUUCGAAAGUACUAAAAUAUUUUAAGCUUAAACCUAUUAUGACAAUGUUUUACUUGAUUAAACAGAUCCUUUGGAUUCCUCUUUGAAAUUCACUUACAAGCCUGCUGUUCCUUCACUUACUAUUAACAAUUUCAUAAUGGAACCAGCUAAUGCAGGAGAAGUGUCAACUUAUUCUUUGAAUAUGACAUCAAGUGGAAAUAUGACAAGUGGCAGCACUAUUCAAAUUCAAUUUCCAACUGAUACCUAUCCUUCUGGAUUGACUAGAUCUGAUUUAUCAUUAGGAUGUAAUUUACAAUUCAAAAAUGGAACAAAUGUAAUUGUUCCAUGUUCUGCUGCCAAUUCAAAAUUAACUGUCAGUUUGAAUGCCAAUAUUGAUUAAAACACAGAGUUCACUCUUUCAGUGGUGGGAAUAACCAAUCCAAAUUUCGAUACAACUGCUAUCAAAGGAUCCAUUGACGUAUUGACAACUGACUCCAACAACAAUGUUUUGACUUAUAAUAGUGGGGCAGCUGAAAUAAAUCCAACUGCAGCUCCAUCGACUAUGAAAUUGGUUAAAUUAGCUACUUCUUCAACAAACUUGUAAGUUAAAGCUGCUUACACAUUAUGUGUUUAAACAGACAUCAGUAUUCCUUUAGGAGCUUAAGUGUUUGUAGAUUUCCCACAACAAUUUACAUUUAAAUCAUCGAGCUAUCCUUGUUAUAUCAGUUUAGAUCACAAUAAUGCUUUAUUGCCAUACGAUAAUUCAACUUCAUCUCCUUCCUGCAAGAAUUCAAAUUCCUUAAGAAGAAUAGCUGUCUCUGGUCACACUGCUGCUUAUGUGGGCAAUAAGAAUAGUCCAGCAUAGUUAUGUUACAUUCUAGACAAUAUCGAGAAUCCAAGUUCAGCAGGUCCUACUGAUAAUUUUGUUGUGAGUAUCUAUGACACACAAAACAAAAACAUUGUGGCCUAAACCUUUGGAACACUAUCACCCAAUUCAACAUUGUCUUAUAGUCAACAAGGAUUAGUUAUCACAGUUGAAAGCAUAGACCCAUUGCCUAGAUAUCUAACAACAAAACCAAUUAAGGUUACACUCCAAAGGUCUGUCAGUCAUACUGUAACAUUAACCCCUUAGUCAACUGAAUUUAAAUUUAGUCCACCAGAAUUAGUGUUUUUGCCUUCAAAUGGACCUGAGAUGUAUUUCAAAAUCUAGGCUAUUAAUGAUGAUGCCACUGAGGUUGGAUUAAAACAAUUCAGUUGGCUCAAAGUAGAAUCAGCAACUGCCAAGUUUUCAGAGAUGGCUGAUUCCUUCUUUUAAUAUGUUGAUAAACCUACUGCUAAUCAAUUAUACAUGACAAUCAAUCCAAGAGUAUUCAGAGUAGCCUUAGGUGGAACAUCAUUACCUAUGACUUUAACUCUAUCUUAACCAGCUGCAUAAGACUUGCUAGUCAAUUUCACAACUAUCAAUCCUUAUCAAGAUAGUUCAUUGGUAUUUGAACCCAUCAAUGCAGCUGGAUAAGUCAAAUUCCCUGCUGGCACAACCUCCAUUCAACUUUAAUACACUACCAAAUAAACUGCUUUAUCAGGCCAGAUCUAAUUUGAAAUAGUUGACAAAUACAGUUCCUUAUAUACAAUACUUGAUAAUAUUGUCAAUUUUGAAAUCUUAGAGACUGAUGACAAAAUACCUGAAGUAGUAAAUUAUUAUGCUGUCAAUGUAAAAAGAACCAGCAUGUAUUUCAGAGCCAGCAUUGAUGAAAGUGUUACCUUGUACUAUUAUUUGACCUUGAAAGGCAAUCCCAAACCUACCAUGGAGCAAAUAAAAUCUUAACAAAAACUGACUAAUGUAUUCACCCAAUUUGGAAAUAAUCAAAGCUUUAUUGCUCCUGUCACCUCAGAUUAUAUCUAUAAUGAUGUCUAUUUGGAUCUCCAAGGAUUGACAGAAUAAACAGAUUAUUCCCUCUAUUUCUUUGUUACAGAUUUAAGUGGCAACAACAAUACCGAAGUCAAAUAAUUCGACUUUACAACUGCAACCAAAUACUAGCCUGCUUAAUUCAAGAUCACUCUUGGCAAAGAUGUUGAUAUUGACAAAUUGUUGAGUGCAUUCGGUUUAGUCACUGGAUUGCCUUCUAGUAGCUUUUAAACUAUUGAGAAACCCAAGAAAUAUACAAUUGAUGGUGAGUUAGACUCUGAUGUACAAUCAAUACUGGACUCCCAAACAGUAACAUAUACAUUCCAAAUUAAUCCAGAUGCAACUGUUGGUGGUCUAUCGCCAUACGAAUAUAUUAGAUUAAUCUAACAAAACUUGGAUCUGUUGCAAUCAGAAAUCCCAGAAGUCGUAGAUCAGAACAUUUUCAACACUGCUUGGGAAUACUUCGAGUAUCCUUAAGAGUUUAAGUAUAAUCCCAUUAAGAUCAAUGUCACCGAAGAUGCCGUGUAUUUCAAUGUGUCUCUGAGAUACACUGGUAAUUUGUACACUCUGGUCUUACCAGCUGAUUCACCUGCUCCUUCAUCCAAACAAGUCUCAAUGGGACUUAAUUCCAAUAAUUAUCCAGUUCAGAAGGAAUGGGUCUACAAAAUCAGAUUUGAAUAUAGCAAUAAAACAAGCACUGAUGAUCAAAAGCUACAUGCUAUUUUCAACUAUACUUUGUUAUUUGACAAUUCUUAUUACAAAGCAUAUUUCACUGCAGAUAACAAUUUAGUUAGCAAUCCAGAUUUAAUGACCAAUGAAUAAAUGAAAUAAAUUGAAUUCAAGACAAAGAGAGAAAUUGUUAUAAUACCCAAAAAGUAUUUACAAUCGACCUUGCUAUCUAUUAUAAUGAUAAUAAUCCUUUGUAUAGGAUGACAUAGAUUGAAUUAUAUGAUUAAUAUAUAAUCAAAUCAACAGAAUAUUACAUAAA